AUGAGUUACGACAAACUUGACGAAGACGCGUCGCUGCGGGCCCAGGCCGAGGGCAUUCGUACCAUCGCCUUUCUGGGCGUGGUACUCUCGACCAUUGCCACAAUGGGCUGUGUCAUCACCGUGCCCAUGGUCUACAACCACAUGCAACACAUGCAAACCAUGAUGCAGAACGAGGUCGACUUUUGUCGCGCGCGAUCAGUCAAUGUUUGGAAAGAAGUCACCAGGACGCAGGUAUUAGUUGCUUUUGGGUUCUAUGGAAUGGUACUGCUUUAAAAUACUGUACUUUACUUAUACAGUUUAUUUUGUUUUUUUUGCUUUUUUUGAAAUAUUUGAAACAAGUUUUACCAUUAAUUUUUUCAUUCAUUGAUAAAAAUUACAAAAAAUUAAUAAUUUUAGGUAUUGAGCCAAGUUAUCCCACGCCACAAACGUCAAGCUGGCUACUCAACAGACGCAGCUGUAAUGGGACCGCCUACUACAACAUGUUGUGGUUGUGGAGUAAGCCCAGCUGGUCCACCUGGGCCACCAGGUCCAGACGGAAACCCAGGAAACGAUGGUUCACCUGGUACACCAGGAAUGCCCGGUUCAGAUGGUCCACCUCCUCUGCCAACUCCACCAGUCGAAUUCUGCUUUGACUGUACGCCUGGAGCACCUGGCGCGCCCGGAAAUCAAGGUCCACCAGGUAGUCCAGGAAAUGCUGGUGGACCUGGAAUGCCUGGUCCAGAUGGCACACAAGGACCGCCAGGACCACUGGGUCCACCUGGCUCUAUUGGAGAACCAGGCCCAGCUGGACAACCUGGUUCACCUGGUGCCCCUGGUCAGCUACGUGAAGUCCCAGGUCAAGUUGGCCCACCAGGGCCGCCUGGACCAUCAGGACCCCCUGGCAGUAUGGGACCACCUGGAGGUGAAGGAAUGCCCGGUACGCUUGGCCCAAUGGGACCACCUGGAGAUAUGGGAGCAGCUGGUCCACCUGGAGUACCUGGCGGGCCAGGAGAAAGUGGUCCUAAUGGUCUACCUGGUCCACAAGGAGGUUGUGAGCAUUGUCCGCCACCUCGAACUGCUCCUGGAUACUGA